GGUCAAGACAUAGUAAUAAAUUGAUAGUCAAGAUUGCCGCCUUAUCAGGAAAUUUAAGUUUGUUGGUACUGUCUGGUUGAAAUACCAUUGAUUUGAUUCGUGCUUCCAUCAUGGUAUUGGUGGUAUCCGGUUCCUUGUGUUUACUUGUGCUAAACAUCAUCAUCCUCGCCGGAGCCUCACACAAGAAAGGAGUCGGAAUUGCAUGGAGCCCGCAGUACCACUGUACAGAUGAAGCCACCUUUACUAACACUCAUUGGUGGUACGACUGGCGACAGUCACCAGAAAGGAUGCACUUUUUUAAUCACUGUCCAGUAAACACUCGAGCAGGGUAUGUACCGAUGGUUAACGGCAGACAUUUUGAAAAAGGGAUCAAUAUUUCUUCGCAAGCUCAGUAUCUUCUUGGUUUUAAUGAGCCUGACCACCAUGACCAGUCGAAUCUUACAGUAGCGCAGGCUGUCGUCAUGUGGAGGGAAUUGGAAAAGCAUGCAUCGGGGAAAAUUUUAGUUAGUCCAGCAGUAACCAAUCUUAACUGGUUGCAACAUUUUUUACAUCAAUGUCAUAACUGCAGAGUUGACCACGUGGCAGUCCAUAUUUAUAGAUGUGAUGCACACCAAAUUAUGACAAAACUUAAGCAAACAUGGGAUAAGUUCCACAAACCAAUAUGGCUUACUGAGUUCGCUUGUCCUCAUACCACAUCGGUUAAUGACCAGCUUCGGUUUAUGAGAGAGGUACUUCCGCUUUUGGAGUCUGCGCCGUAUGUAUUCCGUUACGCAUGGUUUGUCAGUAGAUGGUUGCACCACAAUGAUGGUAAUUGGGUAGAUAGUUCAGCAAGUUUGAUGAAGGAAAACUCUGCAGAACUUUCCACACUUGGAAAUUAUUACAACAAUUUUAUGUAAUAAAAUUAUAGUAUAUUA